AAAAAAAACCUAGGAUCUCGAACCCGAGAGAAAUAAAAUCAAAAUAAACUGAGAACUCUGAAAGUGUUACGAAAAAUUGGAAAGUUUUAAUGAGCAUUCAGAAGGUCAAAGAACGGAAGGCAAGGGCCCCUGUGUAGUUGGAUGAGUUCAGAAAGGUCAGAGGUCAAGUUUGAACAAGACUGAAGGUCAGACAAACUACAUGAUUGUCUUUAAAACUGUGUACACUCGAGUACUCUCUCAGGUCACUCAGAGGAUUCAUCGCCAGUUCUCCUGUUCAACUAGAAUCAUGGCAGUUGAUCAAGGAAAACUCAAAUAUCUGGGUCAGGUAGAGGCCCAGAAGAUAGACGAGGAGUUGUUCACAGAGUACGCCUUCAGCGUGGACCAGCUGAUGGAACUCGCCGGAUAUAGCUGUGCUGUCGCCAUAGCAAAGUGUUACCCGGUGGAGAAAUUGACUCAAGGUAACGGUGCUGUUCUUGUCUGCUGUGGGCCGGGCAACAAUGGCGGUGAUGGACUUGUGUGUGCCAGACAUCUAAAGCUAUUUGGUUACAACCCCACCUUGUUCUACCCCAAGAAGCCUAACAAGCCUCUCUUUGAUAACCUGACCAAACAGUGUCAGGGUAUGGAGUUACCGUUCCUGUCGGAGUUCCCCACCGAUGUAGAGGUCAUCCAAAGGUCAUACAGUCUGGUGGUGGAUGCUCUGUUUGGGUUCAGCUUCCAGCCGCCCGUCAGGCCUCUGUUUGCUGGGGUCAUUGACACCCUGAAGAAGGUGGAGACUCCCAUCUGUAGUGUGGAUGUACCCUCAGGCUGGAACGUAGAAGAGGGAGAUCCUAGUGGUCUACAGCCACAGCUUCUCAUCUCCCUCACAGCUCCCAAACGGUGCGCCAAACUCUUCAAGGGCAGAUUUCACUACCUGGGCGGACGAUUCGUCCCGAGAGCCCUGGAACAUAAGUAUGACCUUCAACUUCCUCCCUACCCCGGAACUGAUUGUGUGGUGGAACUAAAUACAGAAAAUUCCUAAAAAUUUCAGUUUGGAGGAAUAAUAUCUUACAUGUCUACACUCUAUUGAAAAACAUUGGGUUUUUUUCAGAAAAUAAUAUUUUUGAUGUGAAAUAUUUUUACAUGAAAUAAGUUAUUUACCUAUAAUUUUGCAUUGUAAUUAGAAUCAGUUUUUAAUAAAACUGAACUACCUGAUGAAGAACUAUUGUUAUAGGAAGUAUAGAGACUGAUGAUAAAAUUGUUAAAAUUACAUCCACUUAAUUGUAGAAUGUUUCUUUUAGACAAAGCACAAGUAAUCAGAAUUCUGAUCUAUAGCAAAAUAAUUUUGUCGUUAACAAACUAUCUAACUGUUUAUCAAUUGAAUUUCAAAUGUUAUCGUUAAUGGUCAAAAGUUCACAACCACCAAUGAUAUGGAAUAAUACUUAAGAUAAGUACAUUGUUAACCAGUAUUGUUACAUGUAGAAGUCUGUGUACAAUAGCAUUGUUUUGAAGACAUACUUUUUCUCUGUCUAUUUUUCUGUUGGCUAAAAGAAAUACUGAGUACAGAUAGAUUAUCCAAUUGUUCUUUACUUUGCUUUUCCAAUUCUUUUGUUUGUAUAAGGUAGGUUUGUUUUUAGAGUCACACGCUUCUUGUCUGCAUACAUAGCUCAUAAUUUGAGUAAUACGGAUGCAGGUUUCAUAUGGGGGUAAAGAUGUUUAAAACCUAACCUCCCACCAAAUGUACAGCUUCAGGGAAUAGAUAAAUAUUUCUUAAGACCCAGUAAUAUUUGAAAUAAAUGGAGAUCCUUUAAAAGUUUGAAUUGUUAAUUAAGGGAAAUGUGUUUACACUUUUUGAAUGUUUUAGCUUUGUAUUAGAGUACAUGUCAUGAUAUAUGACACUUACAUGUUAGUACAUUUGUAUUUCCAUUGCUUUAUUGCUUCUUGCAGUAAAUGUAUAUUAUAAAAAUGAUAAUCUACAAUUUGUGUUAUAAAUGCUGAUAGAA